GGUCCCUGCCAACACGAGGCACUUGUUCUUUUGCAGUCGAAAGAUUAUCCUUGCCCAAUUGUGCCAUAUAAUGGAAUGGUUCGCUGCCAUAGUUAUGUUUUUUAUAUACCACAGUAUUACGUCGGCAAGCAGCAAUUUGGAUGGUCAAAGAUAUCUGAGACGGAAUUUGUCUUCCAAGAUACCAACAUUACCAGCUCUCAACAACGAUUUACGAAAAUCCGGAAGCGAUAUUAUCGAAAGGGCGCAGCACUAUGAUAACAUUAAUGGAAUACCCAUACAUUAUGAAAAUCUGGCCGAUGUACUGCCGUCCGAAAUUAGUAUGGUGGGCAAGGAACAAGUCUACAGUGAUCCAGGAUCCGAACCUUCGCGAUUAUCACAUGGUAUUAAAAUCCAGGAAAAUAUGUACACGGAGAGACUGCAAAAGGAAUUGCUGGAAAUAUUAGAGAAGCUGGAAAGCACAAAUAAUUUGUACCAGACCGCUCGAGCAGCUAAUAUCAAAUGGGAUAAAACCGCUAAAGUUUUUCAAGAAGUCCUGAGGAUAAUGAAAAACGAACAGGAACUCUACAAGCUGGAAAACAGCCAGAUAAUGCUUCUUCUGCAAGACGAAAAACUGAAAUCCAGAAUGCAUCAGUCGGAGCUGUUUGAAACCAGGAAGCGUCUAAAGGAAGCGCAAUGUCUCCUGAACGGAACAAUCUUAUUAUCAAACGCCACCGAAGACUGGGACCUGCAUGAAACGGUUUAUAAUGGCGAACGAUGGGCGCGAAAUUGGGAUAAUCGGCAUCCACGUAUGGGAGAGAAUCUCACGGUGACCGCCACCCGGAACAUCUUCUUGCUACGUCAUGGUCAUUACGAGUAUUCGGAGCCGGAGGAAAAAAUUGAAAUGUCACCGCUUGGAGUGCAACAAAUGGAAGCUCUAGGCAAAGCUCUCGCUUCUUUGCAUUAUAACUGGUCGAAGACCUUUGUCGUCUCCAGCAAACAUCGCACACAACAAGCGGCAGGAAUUGCUGCAAAAUUUCUUCCCGGGAUGGAACUGCAACCAACCAAUUUAAUAUGGAGUUGUCCGUCGGAAAGCGAUAAGGAGCGUCGCCAGAAAGCAUUUAAUAAAUUCAUCCACCGUGCUUCCCCUGAGCAAAAGCAUGAUUCCUACGAGUUGAUUAUGACGCAUUCGAGCAUUAUACGGUAUUUUGUCGAUCGAGCACUGCAGGUUCCUAAUCAAGCCAUAGCCAUGCCGUUGAUCCAUGCUAGUAUAACCCGCAUUGACAUUGCACCGGAUGGGCGGGUCAUGCUGCGACAGUACGGUGACUCCAGCCACCUGCCGGAUGCUUUGAUUACAGCAACAAAUUCCAAGUGGACACCAUCGCAGCUCAGCACCUCCAAACCCGGUGUCCUGACAGCAAAAGAUUUGUAAUUGACCAAUGGCGGACCUUAAACUUAUACAAAUGUAUAUGGGUUAAUUUAUCGCGAGCAACGCGUAACUGUACUACAGCAGGACAGUUUUGAAAAUAAACUUGGAGUACCCCUGUGGAUUAUAUUCAGUUUUUGGACGAGUUAUCUUAUAAGCAGAACAUGCCGCUCGUUGUCAGCAAGCUGUAUGACCCCAGCAACUUUGAGCUCUAUGUAUGCUUCCAGGCUCUCCGAACCUCUGUUGUACUUGUA